CCGAGGACCAAGUUCAGGUCCUGGGUCGACCCUCUAGUCCAUAUCUCUCUACUCUUCGCUGGUUGUCUCAGUUCAUUGGUUGGCAUGCUGUUUUCCCAGCGUCGCGUCACACAGACCGUUACCGCGGCGUGGCGGUAUCGGCCGUACAGACGUAGUGCGCGUAAUGUUCAGACCCAAGCACAGUACGAGUAUCCCCCACCAGAAGAUCCAGCGGAUAGCUCCAUACAUGCCAUACCGGCCGGGCUAGCGACCCCAAGACAGCUUGUGCGUUACCUGGAUGACUUUGUCAUCGGCCAGGAAAACGCUAAAAAGGUUCUAUCCGUGGCCGUGUUCAAUCAUUAUAACCGUGUGCGAGCCAAUCUCGCAGCGACGAGGCAAGAUGAGCUAGACUGGGGCGAACCGGACAGCCUGAGCAUGGAAGAUUCAUCGCAGAAAGUCGCUCCUGCUCGAGUAUUACCUCAUCCACAGCGGUUGCACCCAUCUUUCCCUCUGCAAGCUCGCCACCCUUUCCCCCUCUUUGAGAAGAGCAAUGUGCUUGUCAUAGGUCCGACCGGCUCUGGCAAGACCUUGCUAGCAAAAACUUUGGCCAAGGUUAUUGAUGUCCCCUUUUCCGUCAGCGAUGCGACGUCGUUCACACAGGUAGACGUCGGCGACGAUGUUGACAUGUGCAUACAACGUUUGCUUCAAGCUGCCAGCUGGGACCCGUAUCGUGCGAGCAUGGGUAUCGUCUACAUUGACGAAGUAGACAAGAUCGCGCGUAAGAGCGGAGGGUCGGGAAUGGACAGCACCCGCGACGUUGGUGGUGAAGGCGUGCAGCAGGCCUUGCUCCGGAUGAUGGAAGGCUCUGUCGUCACUGUACCCGCGAAGGGUGGUAUGGCGGAAGCACCAAUGGGUGGCCAGGGUAGACGUGGACCUCGUGGACCAAACGCAGGACCUCCGAAGUCCGAUUCGUAUUCCAUCGAUACCUCUAAUGUGCUCUUUAUCUUGAGCGGUGCAUUUGUCGGCUUGGAUAGCGUCAUCAAGCGGAGGGUGGCGAAAGGCUCUAUCGGGUUUACGGCUCAGCUGUCGUCAACAAGUUCAGAAGAGAGCUCCAACGCGUUCAUGCACUUCUUCACGCCAAACAAGACGUCUGGGAGUCCUAACAUAUUAGACUUCGUUGAACCAUCUGAUCUCGUCAGAUACGGCUUCAUCCCUGAGUUCAUCUCUCGACUCCCGUCAAUAACGACGCUCGCGCCGCUGACCCCGCAAGACCUCCGCCGCGUGCUGACAGACGUCAAGGGGUCGCUCAUUUCCCAGUAUACAGCACUCUUCUUGUACUCUGGCGUUGAGAUCCGCUUCUCAAGCGGUGCUCUCGAUGAGAUAUGUCGGAAGGCUGCCGAGCGUGGCGGUGGUGCGCGAGGUCUUAGAGGGAUUAUGGAGCAGCUUCUAUUGGAACCGAUGUACGAGGUGCCUGGAUCGAGUGUCCGGCACGUACUCAUCACAGAACGUGUGGUGCAAGGUCUGGACAAGCCAUUGUAUUGGGGCAAGGGCGAGGGUUCCGCAUUAUGGGCAGCGUGGGCAGAAGAAGAGGAGAGGCGGCCAGGAAGGGGCGUUUGACGACGGAUACUAUCGUGUAUGUGUGUAUCAUUAACUCAUCUGGUCACCUAGAAGCCGGACUCUUGUAGCAUGUAUAUGGACAUGUGCCAAGCGGACCGAUGACCGAGUGAGAUUGCUGAAUCAGUUCGGUUGAGCGUACCGUAUCCAAAGACGAAGACUAAACGUAAGGUAGUGAAUCUACUAUAUGGGCGUCAAACGCUGACUGUAUACAGCAGUAUGUAAUACAACCAGACACGAAAGGUGCAAGAAAGCGAGCAAAGCGAGUUGGGGGCGACGUGCUGGUCCAUUUAUUCCUCGUGUUUCUCCUCUUCCUUUGCCUCCUCGCCAGCGGCCUCUUCGGGCUCUGGCUCCUCUGGCUCCUCAGCGUUUUCCUCGGCAUUGAGCUCAUACCCCGCUGACUCCUCAGCCUUUGUCGGCUCCUUGGACACGAGUUCUGAGUUGCUCUUCUGGGCCUUCUCAAAGGCCUCCUUGAACUGGCCAGCGUUUUCAGCGUUGGCAAACCGGAUGGCAAGGGUCUCCGAGGUAGCGGGGGUUUCAGCGUAGUCCGCAGCGACCUUCCAUACCCAGCUGCGGUCCGAACCGAUGUUAGGUUGAAGCUUCAUGUCCGAGGUGAUCAUGUGGUUCGCACAGACCUUGAGGGUCUUAUCGCGCCUCAUCACGAGACGGACCUUCUGGGUCUCCUUGUUCUGCAGCAGCCGAACGUCGCCCGUUCCACGCUCCUUCCACUCAUUAGAGUCCGACGCGAAGCGGAAAAGCUUCGCGCGCAUCUUGAAGAGCAUCUGUUCGUCCUCUUCGCCAGUCGAGGUCUCGACCUGCUCAGUGAGCUUAAUGACGGGCUCAAAGUGGGGAUCGUGCUCCUCAUCACGGGGCGUAAGAGCGUUCUCUGCUUCAGCCAUGACAGGAUACUAUUCGUAAAGGGGGGAAAUGAGAGCAAGAGCA